AUGGGAGGCGCUGGCUGGACGCGUGCCGAAGCACGUGUUGCCGACGACUCUGACUUUGAGACCCUGAAGAAUCUUCUGGGUACAGGGGAUGGAUGGAACCUCGAGUACGAAAAGGAUGGUGUUAAAGUUUGGGCGGAGAACGCUGCGCACGGCGCCUUACGGACCGUCAAGGUUGUCGCAGAGUUCGAGGACGUGGAGCCGGACGCACUCUACGACGUGCUACACGACCCGGAGUACCGCUCCGUGUGGGACACGCACAUGCUGGCCGCGGAGGAUGCCGGACACAUCAACGUCAACAACGACGUCGGAUACUACGCCAUGUCAUGUCCGGCGCCGCUCAAGAACCGCGAUUUCGUGCUGCAGCGGUCCUGGCUGGACACGGGCGAGGAGAAGAUGAUCCUCAACCACUCCGUCUUCCACAAGGACUACCCGCCCAGGAAGGGAUAUGUCAGAGCACUGUCCUUGCUGACGGGUUUCGUGGUGAGAAGGAGGGACGGCCCUGGUAGCUGGUUGGGAUACGUUUCACGGUCUGACCCACGCGGGGCCUUACCUGCUUGGCUGGUUAAUAGAGUCACAGCGCAGCUAGCGCCUCGUCUGGUGCAGCAAUUACACGCAGCAGCACGUCGCUACCCUGGGUGGAAAGCCCUUACGGACACCCCCUACUUCAAGCCCUGGAAGCAUCCGGAACAGGUGCCACCUUAUCGGAUUAAACUUGAGGAUUGUGUAGACCCCGAUGCUCCACCACCACCACCCGAACCAAAGCCAAAUACAUCAAAAAGUAAACUAGAAGUACGACCCAAAGAAACAGAAAGCCACAGCGUCGAAGACUUAGGUGACAUAUCAUCAGAGUUCAGCGUAGAAGUGGAAGAAUUAGCAGACCUCACCCUCGAUCCUGCGAAGAAGAAAGGGAAAUUCUACAAACUAGUCAAAUCCAUGAAGAACAGAAGAAAAAGCGUACAAGUAGCUAAAAGUGCUGAUAAUCUAACCGACGGUAAAACGACGGAAGAGAAACACGAAAAACGAAAGUCAUCGUUUAAAUUCCAUCGACGAUUUAGUCUCAGUAGAGGGAAGGAAGAUUAG